AUGUCUCCAACGCCAUUGGGACUUACUGGCUUAGCAAGGACAAGUCUACCUGUGUGUAUACCGAUUCGACAUACCUUCCCCCCGAUCCGUUCCAUCCGCUCAGCCACGCGUUUCCCGAGAUCCGACCGAACUUUCGAAAAGCAGCUCUCUACAUACCUCCAACAGCAACACCUUCCGCACACUCCGAGCUCAUCAUCUCCGGCUUCCAACAUGUCCUUCUUACUUCCUGGUCUUCGUAGAGGCUUGAUGCUCAGCACGCCACUCAUCUUGUCGACGCCUUUACUGGCGUUCCAGUUCCGAAAUGCGCAGCGCAUACGAUGCGAUGGUCCGGAUCCAAUCACCAAGAUCAAGAACGACCUCACAAAUAACUACACAAAUGAAGCGAGAACACCAGUCGUCACUCAAUCAGGUGCCAUGAACCCGCAGGCAGUUCGUCAAAUCAGCAUGGGAAGCAUUUUGGGUGUGAUUGGAGGACUAGGAAUCAGCGUAUUCAGCAAGCCUUUGGCUGUACUGAUUGGGCUGGGGAUAUUUGCUUUGCAGUUCAUCGAGUCGCGAGGGAUCCACGUCAUUCCGUACUCAUUCCUGGAGCGCCGGGUAAAGUCGAUGAAUGUCCGAUCACUAGUACGCGACAACGUUGCCUUCAAGUUGUCUUUCGGCCUAACGUUCGCAAUGGCCGCAUUUGCCGAGUUUUAA